AGAGAGAGUGAGUGAAUGUGUAAACGAAACAGAGAGAGAUUGAGAGUAAGAAAGAGAGAGAGAGAGAGAGUGAAACAGGUAUAGAAGGCUAGUAGUAAAAGGUGAAAAGCAGGAGAGUCUUGUUUCAUUGCUCGAAGAAAGGGUGAAAAAAAAAGAAAAGAAAGAAAAGGUAGGUGUACGUUCGCGCUUCGAAAAAUGUGGCGGUGCUGCCGGUGGAGGAGCCGCCACCUCGAAGAAGACAACGAACCGACGAGGAGGAGAGUUACGACGACGACAACGAAAACAACGAGGAGGAUAAAUAUUGCUGGAACAACCGGGACGUGUAUCGAACAGGAGGAGGACGAGGAAAAUAAAAAGAAUAUAGAUUUGCAAGAUCUAACGAACAACAUAUUCACGUGGAGAACACAUUACUCCUAUUUGAGAAUACAUAAUAACAAUAAUAAUAAUAAUAAUAAUAAUAAUAAUAAUUGUUCGCUGGUUAAGUCUUCUUAUCAAUCGUAAUAAUCGCUAAACUGUUUAUAACUCAAUCUCGUCAAGAAAAAUAUUACGUUUUUACGUGGGGAGCAAGUUUUCAAUUAGACAACAACAACUAUUUUGGAUUUUAAUUGACAACAACCCUUUUGCAUGGCGAAUUAUACGCGGGAACGUUCCUCCAGACAAUCCGAUAUGACGUAUGUCACCACGUAUGACGUAAUAGUAUACCACACAACGAUGUUGACUUUCUUGUAUAUGCCGAUAUGCGGUUGAUGACCUUCUCAACUUGUCGAAUGAUACCAUGGACGAUGAUAUCGAUGAUAAGGAUGAUACAAAACGAAAGUCACGUAAUCUCAGCGAGAAAAAGCGCCGAGAUCAAUUCAAUAUGUUGGUGAGCGAGCUUGGAAGUAUGGUGAGCUCAAAUACAAGAAAAAUGGAUAAGUCCACGGUAUUGAAAUCAACUAUCCUAUUUUUGAAGAAUCACAACGAGAUUGCUGUUAGGUCUAGGGUACAUGAAAUUCAAGAAGAUUGGAAGCCAUCUUUUUUAUCCAACGAAGAAUUUACUCAUCUUAUUUUAGAAGCUUUAGAUGGAUUCAUAAUGGUAUUCUCAUCUAAUGGACGUAUUUAUUACGUUUCCGAAAGUGUUACAUCUCUUCUCGGCUAUUUACCAAGUGAAUUAGAAAACACUACUAUAUACGAUAUUGCUUAUCAAGAGGAUCAAUCUCAUCUUUACAAUGUCUUACUUAAUCCCAACAGUAUAAGGGAUCGAUGUACCGUUAAAAAGGAGGACCAAGUAUCCUUUACAUGUCACAUCAAAAGAGGGGGAUUUGAUUAUCAAGAAGAUCCUAUUUAUGAACUCGUUCAAUUUAUUGGAUACUUUCGUUCUGACGUGGAGACCAACAUGGAUAAUUUAGUUCCUAAUUCAAGGUUUAACAAUAUGUCUGGAUCCGAUAACAAAAUGGUUUUUGUUGGAACAGGCCGACUACAGACACCGCAGUUGAUACGAGAAAUGUCGGUCAUGGACAGCACAAAAUCUGAAUUCACUUCUCGGCACAGUCUUGAAUGGAAGUUUUUGUUUCUAGAUCACAGAGCACCACCUAUUAUCGGAUAUCUACCUUUCGAGGUGCUAGGUACUUCUGGAUACGAUUAUUAUCAUGUCGAUGAUUUGGAUAAAGUCGUCACUUGUCACGAAUCUUUAAUGCAGAAAGGUGAGGGUACAUCUUGUCACUAUAGAUUUUUAACGAAGGGCCAACAAUGGAUAUGGCUACAAACUAGAUUCUUCAUAACUUAUAAUCAAUGGAAUUCGAAACCAGAAUUUAUCGUUUGUACGCAUCACGUUGUCAGUUACGUCGAUGUCAUGAAAGAAAUGCGCAAAGAUGCUGGUACUAAUUUUAAUAAAACGUAUGCCCAAGAUGUAGUUCUAAUGCCGGUUAAACAGCAACAACAGGUAACUACAACUUGCCAAGUACCUAUGACACAGUGGCCAACAAAAGUGUCGAAAAGUUCUAAAACUAUAACGAGUAGUUCAAUGUCUCGACGUCUUGGUGAAGGAUCGGACACAUCUUCAAUAUCAACGUCAUUAAGAAGUUCACCGCAUUCGCAAAUAACGAAACACGAUUCGAGAACUAAAACAGCUUCGGUCAGUAGUUCGGUAGCUUCUCAACCAAUGCCCAUGGAAAGUUGUCAACAACAACAACAACAGCAGCAACAACAGCAACACCAAUCGCAACAGCAACAGCAACAUCAUUUAGGAGAUGAUCAAUCCUGUAUAAAUUAUAUGGAACCAACUCAAUAUGCUAUGGUCAAUCUUCAACCUGUUGUAACAGCGGGUUUUGCUACACCAUCGGCAUCAUUGAUUCCUAAUUUACCAACCCACGAGAUAUUACACCAACAAGGUAUCGUUAUGACGCCUGCGCAAAAUCAAAUACAAGACGAAUUGCAACGUAAACACGAAGAACUUCAACAAUUGAUCGUUCAUCAGCAGGAAGAGUUGAGAAGAGUGUCGGAACAAUUGUUCAUAGCAAGAUACGGAAUUUUAUCGCCUCUGCUUAACUCGGGAAUUUCGUACAAUACGACAAACACGUGCCAACCAACGAAUCGAUGCAAUACUACCGCAAACGUUCAAUUACCGUCAUCUACUAGCGUACAAGGUGUAAAUAUGUUGUCGUUACCGAUCACUGUGCCAGUACCUAUAGUGCCAACGGAAUUAUUUCCACAUGCCUUACCGGUCAAUUCUGUAUCACCAACGGUUUCCGGAGUGACCCAUGUUAGCGUUAAUACUAUGAUUCAAACGCAACAGUCUCAACAACAGCCAUCGCAACAACCCCAGCCACCGCAACAGCAACAACCCCAACCCCAACCCCAGCAUCAACAACAACAGGGUCCAUCCAAUCAACCAGAUGGAAAUCCGGCAGAAUUCGUGCCUUUUCAAAUAUGUCAGCCACAAACAGAUAUACUUUACGGUAAUAUCGAAGUGCCAGGUGGUCAACAACCAAGAUCCUCUAAAAAUUGAAACCCCUGUUCGUUCGUACGUUUCAGUGAAAAGUUCUGUUGACAGAAAAAAGAAAUUCUUUUUUGUAAAUCUACAAUCUGUGUUUGAAGAAGACUUCAAUUUUCUAGGAGAUAAUAGAAAAAGAACGUUUCUUUGUUUUUUAAGUAUUCUAUAAUGAAGGAUCAGAAUUCUCCAUGUGAAAAGUACAAAAAGGUUUAUUAAUUAUUAGAGUUUGGUGAAUGGAGAGACAUAAUUUCUCCUUAAACGAACGUUAGAUUAUUAUUAUUAUUAUAUAAGUAUGUCAGUAAUCGUAACCAUUAAUAUAUUACUAAU